AUGGUUGAGGGUGUAGGUAAUGAAAAGAUUGCCAAUCAUCUGGAUCGUGCUGUCGUUAGCUUGGGCAGGGAGCCUUUAAAAGUUAUGGUGCAAGUAAACACUAGUGGAGAAGAAUCAAAAUCUGGUAUUGAUCCUUCUAAAUGCGUGGAGCUUGCUAAGCAUGUGAAACUAGCUUGCCCAAACUUAAUAUUGUCAGGACUGAUGACAAUAGGGAUGAAAGAUUACUCGUCAACACCGGAAAAUUUUAAGGUGGCUUUCUAUUAUGACAUCAUCAUGAAUAAUCUUUCUGUGUUGACACUUCCACAAGCUGUUGUUUCGUUUGAUCUGAAUACAGGCACUGGUAAACUGUAA